CCGGAGCGGAGGCGGCGGUCGGUCCGGUCCGGUCCAUGGGGCCACCGAGUCCGCGGGCCACCGGUUACCUAGGCGACGGCAUCCUCCUGGUUGCCAGGGCGACGGCGGCGCGGCUGGACCAAGGGAUUUCAAUUUUGUGCCGUCAAGGGGACAUUAGGUGGGUGUGAGUGUUAACCAGGUGGAUUUUCGGAGCCCUGCGACAGCUGGGAUGUUGCGGCAGAACAGCGGCAGCAACCAGCGAGAUUCGGCACUGUCUCAGCUCUCGGCCUCCAAUUUCUUCUCGCUGUCUCACUCUGGAAACUGGGGAAUGGGGCGCAAUACCAAGAGCAACUCUUUGAGCAGCAUAAGCUCCAACUCCGACUGCUGCGACAACCCCGUCGUCGAUCCAGAGUACAUCAUGCGGCUGGUGAACGACGUCCGGAAAUUUGCAGACGUUUUACUCGACCUGAAAGAAACGAUUCUCUCCGAAGAAAGCCAACAAGAUUGUCUGCAUCGCGUGGUUCACGAGCGUUUGGGAGAGUUGCUUCGCGUCUUGAAGGCGAUAAUAAACAAACAUCAGACUCUCAACUCAGUUGCUAUUCUUAGUGCUGCUGGAGUGGUAAUCGCAAAAGUGAAAGCCGUGAACUUCAAAGAAGUGAAUGAAGAAAACAAGAGAGACCUCUUUGGUGAAAUAUUUUCUGCUAUUGAAACAUUGGCAUUCACCUUUGGCAACGUUGUAUCAGACUUCCUUAUGGGAGAUGUAGACAAUGGUUCGUCCUUGGAACUUCCUGUCUCUCGGAGAAGUCGGUCUUUUGAAAAUAUUUCUGUGGAAUCAGUGGGAUCGCUCCAUGAAAAAGAUGACAUUCAAGGACAUCUUCAGCCUAGGGAGCUCGAUAGCAUGCUUCUAAGGAAUGAUGAUGGUGUUGAACUGGCUCUGUCAUACGCUAAGUCUUGGUCAAAAUAUACCAAGGAUAUAGUUGCAUGGGUGGAAAAAAAGCUCAGCCUAGAAUUGGAAUGUGCUAAAAACAUUGCAAAAAUGGCUGAGACAACUAAAGCAGUCAUUGGGCUCCAGGAAUUUAUGCCAUUCCGGGCACUCUUCAUAAAUGCUUUUAAUAACGAUGUUGAAAACAGUCAACUUUUACAGCAAACAGCUGCUGCUCUCCAAGCCAACAAAUUCGUGCAGCCUCUCAUUGGAAGAAAAAAUGAAUUGGAUAAGCAAAGGAAAGAGAUCAAAGAGACUUGGCAGCGAGAGCAAAAGAAAAUGCAAGAGACAGAGGCAGCACUCAAAAAAGCUAAGCAGCUGUGUGUACAGCGACAAGACGAGUAUGAAAAGGCAAAAUCUUCCACUGUCCGUGCUGGGGAGGAACGCUUGAGUUCAAGUGUAGGACUAAUGAAAGAUGCCAGUAAGCAAGUUGAGAAGAAACGAAGGCUAGAAGAAGAGGCUCUCCAGAAAGUUGAAGAAGCAAAUGAACACUACAAAACCAGCAUGGCAGAUGUGGAAGAAAAGCGAAAUGAUCUGGAAAAUACCAAAAGUGAAAUUUUAGCCCAACUCAGGGAGCUGGUUUUCCAGUGUGAUCUUACCCUUAAAGCUGUAGUGGUUAACCUGUUCCAGAUGCACCAUGCCCAAGUCGUGUCUUUACCAGUCAACUACCAGUCGCUCUGUGAGAAUGCCAAGUUAUACGAGCCAGGACGGCAGUAUGCGGAAUUUGUGAAGGCAAAGCGUACCCUUAAGGAAGACGUUCCUAUCGAAGCAAGUUUAUUUGAAGCCCAGAAUUCCCAAGUUGAUGGGCUUUUUUUAACUCAACGGUUGACAAACAGCACCCACACCUCCCAUGGAAACCUAUCUCAGGGCUCUGGUGAUUGCCCAUCUCAGCCCUUAGAGGUUAUUGGGAGCCCGAUCCGUCGACGUUCUGGAAAGAUCGGAGAGAAGAGGUCUUGUAGCAGCGUGGAUAUCCCAGCAGUCAGAGGACCACCACCUUUAAGAUCGUGGUCAGUUGGCAACCAAAGCGGUGGAAUGUGGAGUGACUCGGAGAGUGCAGGGGGAAGCAGUGAAUCACGGUCUAUGGACUCUCCAUCAGCUAGCCCGGGAGAUUUUAAACGCCGACUUCCCCGCACACCUUCCACAGGAACAAUGUCCUCUGCAGAUGAUCUUGAUGAGAGAGAACCACCUUCCCCUUCAGACCCUGGGUUAAAUGACCUGGUGCCCGAAAUUGCCAGUUCUCCCGGACCAUUCAGGAAUACCGUUAUGUCCAAGGCGGCUCUCACACACAAACUGCGAAAGCUGAGGGCUCCAUCUAAAUGCAGAGAGUGUGACAGCUUAGUGGUGUUUCAUGGCGCAGAGUGUGAGGAGUGCUCUCUUGCUUGUCACAAAAAGUGUUUAGAAACCUUAGCCAUUCAGUGUGGGCACAAAAAGCUGCAUGGGAGGUUACACUUGUUUGGAGUGGAAUUUGCUCAAGCUGCUAAAAAUGCUCCUGACGGCAUCCCUUUCAUCAUCAAAAAGUGCACCUCUGAGAUUGAAAGCAGAGCCUUGAAUGUUAAGGGUAUCUACCGCGUGAAUGGAGGCAAAUCAAGAAUUGAAAAGCUCUGUCAAGCCUUUGAAAAUGGAAAGGAUUUGGUAGAGCUGUCAGAACUCUUUGCCCAUGAUAUCAGUAACGUCCUGAAGUUGUACCUUCGCCAGCUACCGGAACCUUUGAUAUUGUUUCGGCUCUACAAUGAAUUUAUUGGUCUGGCAAAAGAGAGCCAGAAUAUAAACGAAGACCUUGACCUGAAGCAGACCAGCCCCAAAGCCAAGAAAAGGCAGUCGGUGUCCAUCGACCUGAACCGCUUCCUCAUUAAAAUCAAAGAUCUCCUCAAACAGCUCCCCGUUCCAAACUAUAAUACUCUCCAGUUCCUUAUAGGACACCUUCAUCGGGUUUCGGAGCAAGAUGAAGAAAACAAGAUGUCCGCCCGGAACCUCGGGAUAAUAUUUGGGCCCACCCUGAUCAGGCCUCGUCAGACAGAUGCCACGGUUUCCCUUUCCUCGCUUGUGGACUACCCGCAUCAGGCUGGCAUGGUGGAGCUGCUCAUCACUCACUACGAGAAGAUCUUCGACGUCUCCCUGCAGGCCCUGGCAGUGCCGCCUCAGCCUGAUGAAAACGCCCCCCUGAAAAUUGCUUCAUCAACGGAAGAGAAGGGACCCCAGCAGCACAGGAAGUCACAGUUGUUUAUUGCUUCAAAGGAAGCCCAUAGUGAGAGUCAAGUUCUGGAAACAACUGCAUCACUGGAGCGCUUAGAUGGUCACGCCCAUUCGAGAGAGAAGUCCGAUGCCUCCGUCACUGAGUGCAUGCUGUUGCCACUCACUGAAGCGAAGCAGGCGGAUAUUGAGAAAAGCAGUUCCUCCUCAGAACCUUGCAGUGCUUCAGUUUCGGCUGCGCACCCUGCCGCCCAAAAGGGGACAGGCCUCACCACAGCUCUAGCCUCGCACAAAGACAGUGGAACCUCACCACCUCCCACCGAAGGGAGCGGGAAAGCCAGUAGCCCGCUGCCCGUCAAAUCCCACCGACAGACCACCAAAGUCCAGCUGCGGGCCCUAAGGACCAAACCGGUGGUCCGCCCCGUGAGCAUGCCCAUCGAUCGGUUGCUCCCCUCAAGCCUCUUGAACGAGCGGACCUCGAGAAAUCCGGGGGCUUUCAAUCCCGACAAGCCCCCCGGGAGCCCCACCGUCGAAGAGGUUUCGGAAACCAAGCCCCUUCCCGCCAAUAACGCGUGCUCCCGACUCUCUUGCUACGACCCUCAGACUCUGCCGAAGAGCUGGGACAAGCAGUACAAACAGUACGACAUGACCGCCCGGACGGCGAUGAUCAUGACCAACGCCCUUCAGGAGAACAGGGCCCGGGAGGGCGGCGGCGGGGCCGUUCCCGCCUCCGGGCAGCCCGUCCAGCCGAUCACGGUCCCCGGCCGGUCGGCGAGAAAGACGUCCGAGGGAGGUUCCCCGGACUCCAACCGCCUGGCCGCCUUCAGGGCGACGAGAACUCUGCAGCCGCCACCCGGGACCUUUUAUAAGCCGCCUGCGUCCAACAAGGGAAAGGGCGGCGAGGAGGACAGUCUGAAAACCCGGGCGGCGGCCGCCCUCGCCCAAGACGGCGCCGCCGUGAAAUUGGUUUUGAGUUCCGGCCUGCCGGCGGACCCGCUCGGGCAGCCCGUCGGCCAUUCCGUAGCCAGCCCGGAGGAGCCCCUGCCCGCCGAGGCCAAGCCGACUUACCAGAGACUAAGACCGAAGCGACUGCAGGAGUUAGAACACCGGGAAGCCCAUUUUGUAUAGGGUUGCCAAAUCCCCAGUCUGUCUUGAUUAACCUCCGCACCUCCCCCACAUCCCCACCCCCCAGCCCCCGACCUCCAGGAUCCUGCCGAUAGUAUUGUUGGGGAAGGGGGUGGUCUUCAGGGGUCCACUUCUGUGCCAUAUUUGAAUCAUUUUUUAUAGGCGACGUUUAAAAAGGCGAGAUGGGGGAGUGAAAUCAAUCGAAUUUUAAUCAUUCGUCAUUGUAUUUUUUUUUCCGACAAGCUUCUUUAAAGCGGUUCGUCAGCUUAAAGGCAGCUCUCAAGCUAAUAGGUGCAAUCGGUUGGAGUCCCAGGUUUAGUUCGUUAAUGGAACCAAGCGCAUAUUUAUAGACGGAAAUGGCGUUGGCAUAUGCGGCGCUUAAAAGAACUCUCUCCGAUCUGAAGUGGAUAAAGGAAUUUGAUAUUUUAGCUGCCUCGGAGCCCAGAGUAAGGCUCCGGCUGCCGCAGUGUAUAAAAAUCUUCCGUUCCCAAUCCGUGCAAUUCAGUUCUUUGCUCUGAAUAGAUUUUAUAAUAGCCCAAAAGGCACGGGCCUGUAUCAUAUGUAUCUUACACCGGCGUUUUUAUCGGUUGCCAGGUUUGUUUUUGCUAUGUCGUCACUUUAAUUGUACAGAAAAGAUGCACUUACCGAGCUGUGCUGUUCAGAAGUAAACUAAGGCUUAGUGCCCUGCCAUUAGAUAAUAGGUGCCAAAGUCAGAGAGCAGGUAACCUGACAGUUCAGGUGCCGUUCAAAGAAGUACCUGUACCAGCUCCCAAGGAAGGUGUAGGUUUUAUGCCAGCGCUUCCUUUCCCCUCUUGGGGUGAAGCGUUGUUUCUGCCCAGUGUCUGGAAUGAAGUGUAUGGCUCAGGCCAGAAUAACCAAAAAGUUCCUCAUCAAUAGGUGCAUCUCACGUCCACUUGGUUUGAAAUGUCUUUUGUAAUAUAGCGUUCCAUUUGCUCGACAAAAUAUAUUAACCCGUUAACCUAUUCCAGAGAUAGUUGCUUCUAUCCUCCUGUGGUUUCUUUUAACUUAAAUAAAGUUUCCAGCGUAUGCUACAGUUUGACAUCAAUAUGUUUUGUAUUGAAAGACUUGGACUUGUGCUUGCCACGCCAACUUGCCGGAAGGUGUAUUUUUGAGAAAUGUAUCGCAGUUAUUGGAUGCUUCGCCCAUUAAAAUCUUAUUUUAUUUAGCGGUC